AUGACGGAAGAAGCGUCAGAAUAUGAAGUCAAGCGGCAACGACGUAUAGCUGCGAACCAAGAGAAACUCCAGGAGCUUCAGAUUGUAUCAUUAAGUACGAAUCCAUCUCUCGCGCAUGAAUGUACGAAGCGAAAACGAGGUUUCGAGACGUUGCAACGAUCGAGGAGAACUCCCACAAGACGGUCAUUACGACAGGUAAAAAAGGACAAAGUGAUGGAACAAGAGCAAUGCAAGGCCGUGGUACAGGAAGAAGAAAGAAACACGUGGCAGGACGUGGAAAAAGGGGGAAAAACCGAGCAAAAUUGGCUGAAAAAGAAGAAAACACGUGACAAAAGCGUGAAAAGUACACUGGAAGCAAGGAGAAGAGAAGAAGAGGAGGUAAAAGCGGCUACAUUAUUUCAUGGAGAAGAUCGAAAGAAGGACGAGGUACUGGAUGCACAAGAAGAGCAGUGGAAGAGACUGGAUUGGAGAAUGAGGAGGAAAUUACAGCUUCGAAAAGAGAGGAGACAAGUAACGGUGCAAAAGAGAGAAGAGAAGAAGAGAAGGAGAUUGAAAGAGAAAGUAAAGUGGGAAAGGAUUCGAGCACGGGAACGAAAAGCUAAGAAGAGACAAAAGGAGAGAGACAAACUGGAAAAGAGUGUACAAAAGGAAUUGGCAUUGCAGCAGAGAAUGGAAGAAGGUGAGCUGAUGCGACAAGAAGAUCGAUUGGCACGAAGUGUCGUGAAACAGAGGGUCAAAGAUGAAAAGAUGAAGAAACGGCACGAUCAAAAUGCGCUGGUAAAGGUAGUGUUGGACGACACGGUGGUAAAUGAACGACAGCGAUUGCGUGAAAAGGAAGAUACAUGGAGGAGGGAGAUUUAUCCUGUACAGAGAAUUCAUUUGCCUCUUGUGAUGAUAUCUGACCCGAUUGGUUCCUAUAAAACAAAGCCGCUGGUGUUAAGCUCACUGUUGAAUGUGGAUGUAGAUCUUUUCCAUGCAUUCUCGCUCGGCAAACAGUUUUUACCUCCAGGAAAAAAAGCUGUGAUGCAAGGUCUGUGUCCAGGAGGAUUUAUAACGGCAUUUCAAGAACAUGCUGACAUUCAUGUCUGGAAAAACGCAAUGACGUUGUUUGUCAGUGGCACCACGGGAUUGUUCUACCAUUACAUGUUUGAAGAAACAAGGCAUGAUGGCCGCAUAUACGUUUACUUUCGAUGGAGCCGCAGUAAAGACGUCACGCCACCAAUUCUAUGGCGUAUGUGUCAAGUGCAAAAAGGUGAAGAACAUUUACGCUUGAACAAGAGCUAUUACGACGCUGCAACGCCGACUCAGAAUCCGGAAUCUCUCCUGCUUUUUGUCCAGUAUCCAAAGGGUCCCUAUAUCUAUUGCGGACGACUGGGCUAUCUCGGUCAUCAACCGAACCCGCUUGAAUUUUCUUUUCAGCUACUUGACACCAACGCACUGAACUGGAGACGAAUUCGCACUUUGCUAACAUCCUGUUCAUCAUGA